AUGGAAAAUAAAAGAAAUAUGAGUAACAAUAUGUUAAUUGACAGUAAUGACCAUAUUAAUGAUACACUCACCCAAAGCUUCUCACAAAUGAAUGUGGACAGUCCAAAUGAACUAGAACCUCAAUUGUCACGACAGCAUUCUCGAGAAAGCUACAACGGUAAUUUUACAAAUAAUAGUACGAAUAACUUAACUAGAAAUAAUAGCAGGUCGAGAUCUACUUUGAUCUUCGACGAUGAUGACGACGAUGAUAAUUGUAAUGAUAAUGAACCAUACUAUAAUGAAAAUAGUGGUGAUGACCUCUUAUCAAAGACAUCUUCACAAAUUUCUGAGGAAAGUAAUAAUAUGGCAUAUAAUGCUUCAGAUCAACAAUUUGUAUCUGCACAACAACAGCAGCAACAGCAACAGAAUGUUCAACAAGCUAAUCCUAAGAAUGUCAUGGUUCCUGUAGAUAUCGUAUGGCAACAAGGUGGGAAUAAAGCCUAUGUCACAGGUUCCUUUACCAAUUGGAGGAAAAUGAUUGGGCUGGUUCCUGUACCAGGGAGACCGGGGUUAUUGCAUGUCAAAUUACAGUUACCACCAGGUACUCAUAGAUUUAGAUUUAUUGUCGACAAUGAAUUAAGAUUUAGUGACUACUUGCCUACGGCCACUGAUCAAAUGGGUAAUUUUGUUAAUUAUUUAGAAGUCACGGCACCAAGCCUACAGCAACAACAACAACAACAGGUAGAUCAUUCAGUUGAAGAAGGAGAAUAUUCUACCCGUGAUGAUACAACUUCCCCUGAUUAUUCAAGAAAUCAAAAUUCAUCCAACAAAAAAAAGAAAACUAUUCCAAUGAGUACACGCUCUAGAAUUGCAAUGGAAAUUGAACAAGAACCAGAUGAUAUGGGUGAUGGUUAUUCAAGAUAUUAUGAUGAAGCACUAUCCAAACCUUCUUUGGAAUAUACGCAGGAUAUCCCAGCUGUUUUCACUGAUCCAACUGUUAUGGAGCAAUAUUAUUUGACAUUAGACCAACAACAAAAUAAUCAUCAAAAUAUGGCAUGGUUGACUCCGCCACAAUUGCCACCACAUUUAGAGAAUGUCAUUCUAAAUAGUUAUUCUCAUUCACAAGCUGAGAAUAAUGAAAAUAACUCAGGUGCUUUGCCUAUUCCAAAUCAUGUAAUAUUGAAUCAUUUAGCUACUAGCAGUAUUAAACAUAAUACCUUAUGUGUUGCUUCUAUAGUCAGAUAUAAACAGAAGUAUGUUACACAAAUUUUGUAUGCUCCAUUACAAUAA